AUGGCAUCCCACCUUGCGGACUCCCAGGUCGCACAGACAAUCCAUGAGAAAGUGAAAAAUGCAGACCAUAGCGAGUUCCCAGAGGAUUUCAGGCAAGCCAGUCACGCUAUUGAGCUUGCUGAAAAUGUGGCCAAAGCAAAGUACAACCCACUGAGCCCUGCCUUGCUAAGACUAUAUGCCUGUUUGGCCAUCCCCUAUCUCUGUGGCUGCCUCAAUGGAUACGAUGGGUCACUGAUGGGAGGAUUGAAUGCAAUGUCCACAUACCAAAGAUACUUCCACAUGUACUCCCGCCGCUUCCAUCUGUUGGUGUACGAGCUGAUCUCCGUGUACAGGAAGACUGCCGGCUCAAGUACUGGCCUUGUCUUUGCAAUGUACAACAUCGGGUCCAUCCCCGCGGUCUUCUUCACAGGGCCCGUGAACGAUUAUUUUGGCCGCCGUAUUGGGAUGUUCACCGGGGCGCUAAUCAUCAUUCUCGGAACAUGUAUUCAAGCACCUUCCACAAAUCGAGGCAUGUUCCUAGCAGGUCGCUUUAUCCUCGGCUUUGGCGUGUCAUUCUGCUGUGUCUCUGCACCGUGCUACGUUUCCGAGAUGGCCCAUCCCCAAUGGCGGGGCACAUUGACAGGAUUGUACAACUGUACUUGGUACAUCGGGUCGAUCGCCGCGAGCUGGGUCGUUUACGGAUCGUCAAAGAUUUCGUCCACCUACGGAUUCCGCAUACCCAUCUGGGGCCAACUCUUCUCCUCGGUCAUUGUUGCGGUUGGAAUCUGGUUCUUGCCCGAAUCUCCCCGAUGGCUGAUGGCGCAAGACAGAGAAGACCAUGCACGCACGGUGCUUACCAAGUAUCACGGUGAGGGCGAUAGGGAACAUCCAAUGGUCAUCCUCCAGGUCCACGAAAUGCGCCAGCAGAUCAAGACCGAUGCGUCCGACAAGAAAUGGUGGGAUUACCGUGAUCUGUACAACCGCCAUUCCGCUCGACGCCGGCUGGUUUGUGUCCUCGGCAUGGCCUGCUUUGGACAACUCAGCGGUAAUUCAGUGACAUCGUACUACCUGCCGGUGAUGCUUGAAAAUGCAGGCAUCACAUCAGAGAGCACACAGCUGAAAUUGAACGGCGUUUACCCUCUUAUCUGCUUUGUGGCAGCCAUCACUGGAGCGCGACUGACAGAUCCCAUUGGCCGUCGUCCAUUGCUUCUAUACACAACCAUUGCGUGCUCUGUAUGCUUCGCCAUUAUCACCGGGACGAGUAAAAUCGCUACGGACAACCCUGACAACGACAGUGCUGCCAACGCGACCAUCUUCGUCAUCUACCUCUUCGGAGCUCUAUUCUCUUUCGGCUGGACACCUCUUCAGUCGAUGUACAUUGCAGAGACCCUGGACACCGCCACGCGGGCCAAGGGCACUGCUGUCGGCAACCUGGCGUCUUCGAUCAGCAGCACCGUCAUCCAAUAUGCGUCCGGGCCGGCUUUCGAAGAUAUUAAAUAUUACUUCUACCUGGUGUUUGUCUUUUGGGACCUGAUCGAGGUCACGGUGAUGUACUUCUUCUUCCCGGAGACGAAAGAACGGACGUUGGAAGAGUUGGCAGAGGUGUUCGAGGCGCCGAAUCCGGUCAAGAAAUCCCUUGAGAAGCGCAAUGCGGCAACCGUGCUGAAUACACUGGAUGUGCAUACUGGAUCGGAGGUCAAGGGCGUGGAAGCGAACGCUUAA